AUGGCAAUAUCCGCCGCGGUGGCGCGACUGCGGGAGCUGGCGCCGGCGCCGGCGCCGGGGGCGGAGGAGGAGCUGGAGCUCGACGACGCCGGCGCGGCCGCGCUCGCCGAGUGCUGCGCUGGCCUCCUCCGCCCUGGCGGCGGCGGCGAUGCCGGGGCCGCGAGCGAGACGCUCGAGGCGCUCUGCGCUGCAGGCGUAGGGGGCUCGAUGUGCCGCCAUGCCGAUGGGCUCGCGCCGCUGGUCGUCGCGCGCCUCGGCGACGGACACGCGGCCGUGCGGGAGGCCGCGAGGAGGUACCUCCUCCUGCUCAUGGAGAUGAAGGAGAUGAAUGCAAGAACGGAAAACACAGAGCCAAAUUCCUGCAUGCCAGAUGACCAACACGUUCACUAUACGACAAUCGAAAUGGAAUCUUCUAGUACCAGUCAAGCAAGAAAAAAUUCCAAAGACAAGAUGAGCACAAGAGACAUCUCACUUCUUGCAGGAGAAGGAGAUAUUACAAGAAAAUUAGUCGAACCUAUAAAGGUUUUCUCUGAGAAGGACCUACUAAGGGAGAUAGAAAAAGCAGCAUCUACUUUGCAGCCAGAUAAUGAGUGGUCAAUCCGGAUAACUGCAAUGCAAAGAGUGGAGGGUUUAGUGCUUGGAGGUGCUGCGGACUAUUCAGCCUUCCCCAUGCUCCUAAAACAGCUCGUGACCCCUCUAAUAACUCAGCUUCUGGAUAGGAGAUCGAGCGUUGUAAAACAGGCAUGCCAUUUACUAAACUUCCUAUCGAAAGAGUUACUACGCGACUUUGAACCAUAUGCAGAGCUGCUUAUUCCGGUCCUUCUUAAGAAUGUCGUGAUCACCAUCUUUGUAAUUGCUGAGUCUGCUGAUAACUGUAUAAAAGAGAUGUUAAGGAACUGCAAGGUAGCUCGUAUACUACCAAGGAUUAUUGAAUUUGCAAAGAAUGAUAAAAGUGCUGUUCUUCGUGCCAGGUGUUGCGAAUACGCAAUACUAAUGUUAGAGUACUGGGUUGAUACUCCAGAAAUACAGAGAUCAGCUGACCUGUACGAAGACCUUAUAAAAUGCUGUAUAGCAGAUUCAACUAGUGAGGUCCGAUCAAGCGCAAGGGCAUGCUACAGGAUGUUCUCAAGGAUUUGGCCUGACCGUUCACAUCAACUGUACUCAUCUUUUGAACCAUCCAGACAGAAGAUGAUAAAUGAUGAAGAUGCUGAGACACCUCAAAGGCAUCUUCCUCCAGUUAAAUUAAGGCAGCCUCAACCUAGUUCUUUCGUUCCAGCUGUAAUAAAUAAAGUUGUUAAGGUCGAUUCUGGGACAUCAUUUUCUUCUGGAGACCUGCAGCCAUCAGACAGACUAUACCUCCAGUGUGAUGAUAUGACCUCAAAAGGCCCAGACGAAGGCAAUAAGGAUGACACUUUGACUAUUGGAAGUUCUUUUGAGGAUAAGAUCACGCUAAGAAAAGUAGAAACUAAAGACAGAGAUACUGAGAAAUAUGAUUCAGGCAACAGUGCAGGUGUCAAUUUAUCGGCCUGUGACCCACCAACUGCCACUCCCAUUGCAACAGAAGCACCUUCAGAAAUGUCACUGAAUGAUGCAGCUGUUGUAACAAUUGUUCAAGAUAAGGCUGAAUGCAGGCCGAAUGUUGAACCGAUAACUCAGCAAGUUCAAGGACGAGAAGAUCCUUCUGAAUUGACGUGCCUGCCACCUGCAGUUAACUCGAAAGGUCCAGGGAACCUGCUAAAGGAAAAUCCUGUUGAAUUAAGUUCUGAUGCUGGAUCAAGUGGAAAAGUAGGAACUCAUAAGAAGAGUGCUGUUUCUAAGGAGCCACGUGGUAGUUACACCCCUAAUUUCCGUCGACCUCUCUUGAGUAAGCAGAUGACAAAUUGGUUUUAUUCCAGUACCAAAAGCGAUAUACAUGAGAAGCAACUCAUUUUGGGAGAAGUGGUCAAUAACAUGGAUGUGCCCUCAUCUCUUACAGAGGCACUUUCUUUAGGUCUUAACCCAAGAUCAGAUUGGAUGAUGAAGGUAUAUGCAUUCAGUUUCUUAAGGCAGUGUUUGCUAGAACGUGGAUCAAAAAGCACUCAGGAAGUUGCACAAAAUUUUGAGAAGGUUAUGAGGCUUGUUUGUCGAUAUCUGGAUGAUCCCCAUCACAAAGUGGCACAUGCCGCUCUCUCAUCACUAGCUGAGAUCAUGCCAGCUUUCAAGAAGCCUUUUGAACAUUAUCUCGACAAGACACUGCCCCGUAUUUUCUCUCAGUUAAAUGAUCCAAAGGAAUCAAUCAAGCAGCAGUGCUUGGCAAUUUUGAAACAUGCAAAUGAAAGUUAUCCCAUUGAUUCUCUUUUACCCGCCUUACUUCGUUCGCUAGAUGAGCAGAAAUCUCCCAAGGCAAAACUGGCAGUUCUUGAGUUUGCAAAUGCCUCUUUUGUAAAAUGCACAGUCAAUUCUGAAAGCUAUUCUAGCAGCAGUUUCCUUAAGCCAUGGUUGGGAAAGCUUGCCCUUUUGCUUAAUGAUAAAAACAAAAAACUGAAGGAGGUUACAGUGGUUGGUUUCUCAUCUAUUUAUUCUCAUUAUGACCCUGAAUCCAUGUUAAGCUUUUUGGUCACCUUGUCAAUGGAAGAACAAAAGCGGCUAAGACGGGCAAUGAUGCAAUUAAUACCUACAAUAGAAAGUGACUUGGAAGAGUUCUUGCAACAAAAGAGACAUAAGCAAAAGGCUCCAUCUUUUGAUGCUUUCACUGCUAAAUCACCACUUCAUCCUGCAUCUCAAUCUGCAAAAUCACCCCUGCAUCCUGCUUAUCGAUCUUCUAAAUCACCACUCCAUCCUCGAUCUGCUAAAUCACCACUUCAUUCCGCAUAUAAAUAUGCUAAGUCACCACUGCAUCCCUCAUAUCAAUCUGCUAAAUCACCGCUGCAUCCAGCAUAUCAAUCUAGUUCUGUUAAGACUGAUGAUUGUUUCAGUUCUGCACUCCAGUGUCUCCCAAAUUUAUCUUUGGAAGUCCCGGAGCACCAUACUGAAAGGAUUGAGUUUGAAUCAUCUAAUGAAUCUUAUGGUCACAAAACUGAAAUGAUGGACAAGAAGUCUUGUACCGUGAGGUCAAGGAAUGAUCUCCCGAGAAGAAGUGACUUUAGUGUGAUAUCAGAUAACAUAGUUCAGAGUGCAAGCAGGGACAGUCGGAGUACGAAGAUAUUUGAUGAACCAAAUGAUAGUGAACUGCACAUAAAUACCAGAAAAAACAAAGUUGUGAGGAUGAGGAAUGACUGCCAGGAUCAUGAGGAGGCAGUGAGUCAAUUGGAAGAAGAUUCUGAAACGAGUGGACACUCAGUGCCCACCAAGAAUUUACAACAGAUGUCUUCUUCCCUUCUUGAGAUGCUUGAUGAUCCAGAUGUGCCCACAAGAGAGCUUGCGCUUUCUCUGUUGGUUGAAAUUCUUGAAAAGCACCGAAAGGCGAUGGAGAACUGUGUUGAACUUCUUAUAGCUAAACUGCUGCAUGCAACCAAAGACGGUGCCUUGAAGGUUGUAAAUCAGGCCCAUAUCUGCUUGACAACUGUGGUCACUCAAUUUGACCCACUGAGAUGCCUUGGGGCCAUAGCUUCUCAGUUGGCCAGCCAGGAUGAGAAAAUUCUUAUUAUAAGCAUCAAUAGUUUGAGCAAGCUUGUGAUCCGAUUAUCAGAGGACAACCUCAUGGCUCAUUUGUCAACGUUUCUUCCUGCACUUCUGGAUGCUUUCGAAAACCGUAGUCCAUAUGUCCGCAAGGCUGCGAUGGUGUGCGUGGUGGACGCAUACCUGAAGCUGGGUCCGACGCUGCUGCCUUACCUGGAAGGUCUGGACACCGCGCAGCUGCAGCUGGUAACCACCUACGCCAGCCGGCUGUCCCAGGCAAGAUUGAUUGCGGCGGACGGCUGA